GGUUCGUAUUCCUUGAUUGCUGGCAGGCUGGGUUCUUUUAGUCCCUGCAUCGGUAGCUUCUGCUCAUUUCUGUGGCUAAACCGGUGACUGACUUCAUUUGCAGCAGACGUGCAGCCUGAGCUGGGGGCGGCCGGGCCCAGAGGUAAGGAGCAGGAGGCCCACGCCCUGGGGAUGGCAGAGCGUCCCCCACAACAGCCUUUGGGAGCUGUGCCCGGUGCUCCUGGGCGUCCCCCCGCUCCUCCCCAGGGGCACAGCCAACGCUCUGUGGAGAAGCCUGAGGGGGCCUUGGGUAGAGCCCCGGCUGCGCCUCCUGGCGGCGCUGACCUGCAGCCCCGGGCAGCCCAGGCUGAGCCGAGGGAAGUCCAGCGGGGCGCUGUGCCCGAGGCCGUGGACACUGGCGUGCAGGAGCGGGUCCCUGUGCUGGAGCCCGCCAGGGCACCCGGGAGCCCAGAGCAGCAUGGUGCUGGAGACGUCCCCCGGCAGAGUCGGAAUGUUUUUGGUGGAGACUCCCACGAAAGGAAGAAGUCUGGAAAGGAGGAGGCAGCCACUGGCACAGACGCUCAGGAGGCAGAUGUGCUGGGGGUGGGGGCAGCAGUUGGGGCCCCUCAGGUAAAGUCCCAGCAAGCAAGCCAAGACCGGGCACCCGGAGGCCUGUCCAGCAGGUCGGGGGGAGCAGCCCUUCGGGCCCAAGCCGUGUUACGUCAGCCGGAACAACGGGCUGUCUCUGCCGGAGGGCAGGGAGGGCAGCAGGGCGGUCAUGAGGAGGCGAGGAAGGAGCACGUGCCUGCUCCCAGGGAGGACGCCGCCAUCCAAGAGCCCGAGCAAAGGCCGGACCCUGAGCUCGGGCCCAAACCAGCCAUGCUGGGGGAUCAGAAGCCAGACAACGCCAAACCCAACCGGGACCUGAAAGUCCAGGCCGGCUCUGACCUUCGGAGGAGACGGCGGGACGUGGCUCCUCGUGCAGAGGUGGGGCCGGCCCCAAAGGACGGGGUCAUCAUCAACUUCAACCCCCUGCCUGACGUGCAGGUCAAUGACCUCCGCAGCGCCCUGGAGACCCAGCUGCACCAGGCCGCGGGGGGCGCCCUGCGAGUGGUCCCAGGCCGACAGAUCAAACAGCUGCCCGGGGCCCUGGAGGAGCCCUGAGCCCCAUUAAGGCUCCCUGUCAGCCGGUGAACCUGGACCAUGGUGGGUGUGAAGUCCUGGAAGUCAGGCCCGGGGUGGAGUCUGGCAGCCCUCCAGCUGCACCCUGCUUUCCAACCGGCUUUGCUGUCCCUCUCUUCUCUUACACUUCCCGGUAACUCAGCUCCCUGAGGCCACCGGGAGAAAAGGUGGCCUCAAGGAGAAAUGGCCGCUCGCUGAGACCCAGGAAACGUGACCCGCCACCAGCCACACGGGUGUUGUUACCCUGAACUUUAUUGAUGUUCUCUGUGAGUGUCAUACAAAACCUGAGAAAAUGCUUCUGCCUUCACCCUUCUUCACAGCAAAUGCUGCUUCAAGUCUCAGAGGCUGGGCGGGCCUGUGAGUCCAAAUGCUUCUGCCCUAGAGCUCUGCUCUGCAUACUCUGGUCUCCCAAUCGAGUGGUUGUGAGAUUUAAAAAGUAAAACACACCACUGACCUCUGGUUAGUGCGGCUGGUGCGGAGGUGAAUCACCCAGAGGACCCCGCACCACAGACAUAAGCCAUGACCGUCAGACCCCAGUGACACGUGCUCGGAGCCUCAGCUGGGUGCCAGACCCACAGGUGUCGGGGUGGGAGUACACAGCAGCUUCUCCCGAGUCUGCACCCCUGGCAGCUGCUCAUCUGUUGAGAGGGUUGUGGUGUUCCGUGCUGUACUUUGUUCUCAAGGGGCAGAAAGGCCGAUGGUCACCCCGACCCGAGGCUGGUCAGCAGGUGACCCGGCAAGUAUGCCAGGCUCUCCUGCUGCGAGCCCGGGGCCUUCGCCUGCUUUGUGCUGUGUGUGCCUCGCUCCCCUCUGGGGGUAGGGGCAGCUCCGGACCCUGCCCCGAGGGGUCCAUGGGUGGGCCACUCGUUGACCACUGGCCAGGGGUGCCCAGGGCAUGUGGCAGCUCCAGCCUCGGCCUCAGGUCACUCUCUUCCCCUGCGCCUUCUGAAAUGGCUUUUAUUGUUUACUGUAAUUUCUGUCAUCUUGAAGACUCGAAAUGAGUAAUAAAAGGAGUGGAAUCUUCUGGAGGC